AUGGAGAAGGCUUCUAUUUUAUCGUUUAUUUUCUUUUGUUCUGUUGUUUUCGUUACAAGAUUUAUCGGAUAUUUCAUUUGCAAUCGUUAUAUGAGAGAAGAACCAUAUAAUAAUAUUUUUGAGAUAAUAGAACCUGAGAAUUUAUAUAGUUCUUUAUUAUUAUUGUCAAACGAAAAGGAAAAUGAUUUUGGUAGUUCUACAAAUUGUAACGGAUAUAUGAAAUGUAUUCCCUUUUAUAAAAAUGUUUCUGAAAGAUGGAAGAGAUAUAAUUUUAUACAACUUUAUAUAAUUAGAAGUGCAUUAAAUAUACACGUCAUGAGUAAAUAUAAUAAGGAAACGAACAGAUUAUUAAAAAGAUAUAAUAAUGUAGAAAAUAGAAUUAAUAAUAUAUCCAAUCAUUUUUUAUGUUCAGGGUUUAAAAAAGAAAACCGUUUAUUGUUCCUUUUGUUUUAUAAAACAAUUAAGAUGAUGAAAUUAUAUAUAAGGAAUUUGUUUAUGAAGUAUAUUAAAACUUAUUAUAAAAGAAAACAUUUUGAGAAGAAUAUACAAACUAAUAAAAACGUGGUUCAUGUUGAAAGGGAUAAUUUUUUUGAUAUUUUAUACAUGUUAAAAAGAAUAGAUAGUUAUGUAAAGAAUAUAUAUUCAAUUAUUUCCAAUAAUUUCUUGUAUGUUAUAAGAAUAAUAUUUUUACCAUUUGAAAAAAUCUAUUUCUCUUUAAAACCCCUUAUAAUGAUAAAAAAAAUGAACAUGUCUUAUUUUUAUUAUUAUUAUGUAAAUAUGUUUUCUUUGUAUAAAAAGAAUUACAACAAAUAUCUUGAUGACUGGAAUGUAAAUUAUAACAAAUAUGAAGAAAUUUAUAUUCAUGAGCAAAGUGUAAUAUAUCCUAAUGAAUUCUUGAAAAAUGAAAUGUUGGAUAAAUAUAGAAGGGUUAUACGAAUUCUCUCUGGACAGGAUGAUAAUCCUUUUAUAGAUUCUGUUUUAGUAGGCCCUGUGAAAAUUGAAAAAGAUGGUUUAGAUGUAAAGCAGAAAAAAAAAAAAAUAAAUGAAGAGCUGAACAAAAAAAAAAAACAUACAAAUAUAAAUACAAACACAAAUAUAAACACAAGUACAAAUACAAGUACAAAUACAAGUACAAGUACAAAUACAAGUACAAAUACAAAUACAAGUACAAAUACAAAUACAAGUACAAAUACAAAUACAAGUACAAAUACAAAUACAAGUACAAAUACAAGUACAAAUACAAAUACAAGUACAAGUACAAGUACAAAUACAAAAGAAUCUCACAUAUCAGAUGAAGAAAAACUAGAAACCUUUUAUAGAGACGAAUUAAACAAAAUGGGAAAAGAAGAAAUUGAAAAAUAUUUCAAAGGGAAUAUUGACAAAAAAUCACUUGACGAAUUUUAUAAAAUAUUGCUAGAAGAGUUAAACAAAAUGGACAAAGAUGAAUUAUAUGAAAUGUAUAGAGAAGAGUUAAAUAGGAUUGAACAAGAAAAAAUUAGAAAUAUGAAUAAAGAAGAAAUAAAUAAAACUUACAAGGAAGAAAUAAAUAAUAUGAAUAGUGAUCAAGUUGAUAAAAUACAUAGAGAAGAAUUAGAAAAAAUCGAAAAAGAAAAAAUAAACAAAAUGGAUAAAGAUCAAAUAAAUAAAAUAUAUAGAGAAGAAUUAGACAAAAUGGAUCGCGAUGAAAUUUAUAGUAUGUAUAUAGAAGAUAUAAGUAACAAAAAUAUAAUAAAAGACUUAAUUAAAAAUGAAAAGGAAACAAAUAAGGAUAAAAAUAAAAACAAAAAAAAAGAUAUAGAUAAAGAUAAAGAUAUAGAUAAAGACAAAGAUAUAGAUAUAGAUAAUGAUAAAGAUAAAGACAAAGAUAUAGACAAAGAUAUAGAUAUAGAUAAUGUAGAAGAAUCAUACGGAGAAGAAAAAAACAAACUCAGCAAAGAAGAAUUAGAUAGAAUGGACAGAGACGAAUUAUAUAGAAUAUACCUAGAAGAAUUAGAAAAAAUAGACAAGGAAGAAAAAGAAAAAAUUCAUAGAGAAAAAUUACACAAAAUUGAAAAAGAGAAAAUAAAUAAAAUGGAUAAAGAUCAAAUAGAUAAAAUAUAUGAAGAAGAAUUAAACAAAAUGGAUAGUGAUGAAAUUCAUCAUGUAAGGAGAGAAAUAUUACAAGAUAUACAAAAAGAAAAAAUACAAAAUUUAGAACUAGAAGAAAUCGAUAGACUUUAUAAAGAAGAAUUAGAUAGAAUGGAUAGAGAAGCAAUGUAUGAAAUUCACAUGAGAAAUUUAAGCAGAAAUCAAAAAGAUAAUAUUAUACAUAGAAAUAUUAAAAAUGAAUCUAACCAAAAAAAUAAAAAAGAAAAUGUAAAUGUAUUUAUAAUACACGACAAUAAUAAUAAUAAUAAUAAUAAUAAUAGAUAUAAGAAGAAUAAGAAUAUAGAUGUGAAUAAUAUAAAUAAUAAGCACACAAAUAAUAAUUAUAAUGAUAAUGUAGAAGUUGAAUUAGUUGUACGAAAUUUAGACAAGGAUAAAGGAGCCAAGAUAGAAGAUAUUAUAGACUAUUUUAACAAAGAAAUUAAAAAAGACAAAAAUGUUAAUGUUUCCGAUAUAGUGAAUUUUUUAAAUUCAAAAGUAGAAAAAGAUAACACAUCAGUUCAACAUAAGAAGGAAAAUCAAGUAGAUGUUGUAAGGAAAAAUAUUAAGAUUAUUCAAGAGGAUAAUAUAAAAAAUAAAGGACAAAAGGAUAACACUGAAAUGUUAGAUAAUAAUAAAGAAAUAACAAAUAUUUAUAUAAACAAUGUUGAUGGUAUAAACAAUGUGGGAGAUAUAAACAAUGUGGGAGAUAUAAACAAUGUGGGAGAUAUAAACAAAUUUGUAGAUAUGAACAAUGCUGGAGAUAUAAACAAUGUGGGAGAUAUAAACAAUGUGGGAGAUAUAAACAAUGUGGGAAAUAUAAACAAUACUGGAGAUAUAAACAAUUCUGACCAUAUAUACAACGUUGAACAUAUAGACGAACCGGAGAAAAAAGAAAAUCUGGAUAAUCAAAAAAAGUUUGACUGGACAGAGGUAUUUAAAGACAAAGUAAGAGAUAAGAUCCAAAAUGAAGAAAAGUUCAACAACUCAAAAGAAAAUAUACAAAAGGAUAUUAUUGAAGAAGAUAAUUUAAGUGAAAAUAUAGAAAAUGGUAAUAGAGAUAAAGAAAUUCAUAAGGACGAUAGAAUCAAGGGAGUUACUUCACCAGAAAAAAAUGUUGAAGAUAUAAAUAAUAAUGAAAAAAAAGACAACUUUGUGUAUGAAUUUUAUACAUCCAAUAAGAAAGAAAAUAUAGAUAAAGAAGAAGAAAAUAAUAUAGAUGAUAAAAAUAUAAAUAUGGAAAUAGAAGGGAAUUAUCAAAUCAACAACAAAUUUGAAGAAGAAAAUAAAAAUGAAAUAAAUGUUAUUAUAGAAAAGGAAGAAGAAAAUAAUAUCGAUAAAGAUAAUAGUAAUAAUAAUAUACAAAAGAAUAAUAUUAUAAUUAAGGAUAAUACAAAUGUAAGUGAAGAUGUUCAUAUUACAGAAAGUGGUAAAGAAAUAGCGGAAUUUUUUAAUAAUAUAAUUAAGAAUAGUAAUAUCUUAGAUAUGUGCUCAAAAAUGAAUGCUUCAGAUUCUGAGAAAGGAUUUAUAUGUAUAAAUGGUAAUAACUAUAUUAUAAACCCUGGUACGUAUCAUAUAAUAAAUAUAAAAUAUCCAGAUUAUAAUAAUGCUAGAAAAAAAUGGUAUGAUUCGAUGGAUUGUAUAGAUAUAAAUAACAAGGAUCAAAAUGAUAGUAAUAAUAAUAAAGAACAUAAUUAUCACAAUAAAAAUGGUGAUGAUUUAUACUUAAAGAAAUCAAUUGAAGAAUUCAUUCCAGGAUUUUUAAGCAACAUUAAUAAAGUAGAUGAUUUAGCCAGAAUAUUUACUCCAUCCUUUAUUCAAAAUGAUAUCUUUUUAAAUUGUGUUUACAAUUAUAGAAAUGAUUUUGAUAGGAAUAAUAAUAUUUAUUCCUUUCCUGUGAAGAUAUUUUUAAAAAAAAAUACAACGAAAAUAAAAGGCUGUUCUUUUCAAAUUGAUGAAGACCCUUCGUUAUAUAAAGAUUAUGGUGAAAAAGAAUCAUUUCUAAGUAAUAAAAUUAUUUUAAAUAAUUCAAACAGAAAUACUGAAUGUGUACUACAUGCAACAAAUGAAAUUGUCGGAUUUCAGUGUGGUCCUCCAUAUAAAUCUUAUGAUAAUGUACAAUAUAAGCAUCUUACAAACAAAUCAAACGACAUGAAAAAUAUAUUUGGUAUAUAUAGUAAUAAUAAUAAUAAUAAUAAUAAUAAUAAUAAUAAUAGUUCCUAUUCUCAUUUAUUUAAAAAUAUUUUUAAUAAUGAACAUAAAUUAUAUAACGUAGGAGGAUAUUUUCAAACAGAACCCAUUAAUUGUUUUGAAUUUGUAAAUGAUAACAUAAAUGUUGAAGAUAUUUUACCAGGAUCGGUUACAUUUCCUAGAUUUGAUUUGAUAAGUGAAGCUCUAGAUGUUAAUCAAACCAGAUAUAUUUUAUUAAAUGAGACGAACCAAGAUAAAACAAUAUCUUGUACUUGUAAUUAUUUUACAGAACCUAAUAUUGUUUAUACAGGUAAAAUUAUUAUUAAAGUUGAAGAAGAAAAAAUAUAUAAAACCAAUAAAUUUCAAACUGAAUUUAAUGAUAUUAUAAAUAAUAAAAAGGAAAUAUAUGACGAAAAAAAAAUUAAUCAUGUAAUUAAAGAAAAGAAAGAUGAAGAGCAAAAUGAUAUUUCAUUUAAUAAAAAUUAUGUUAAUAAUUAUAAUGAAAAUUUUAAAAUAAAUCACACAAAUAAUUUUUAUAAUAGAAAUAAUCAUUCUAAUAAUAAUUAUGACAAUAAUUAUCACAACAAUUAUUCUAGUAAAGGAAACCACCCAAACAAAAUACAUGAUGCAUUUCUUAAGAAGAAUAAAUACAAUAUCUUUUUUAAUAAUUUAAAAUUUAAUAAUAUGAAACCUGAAAAUAAAAAUAAUCAAGACAGUCUUAAUUAUGAAUAUGAUGUUGAUGAUUAUCAUGAGGUGCAGGAUGAUGAGGACGGGUUAUUUAAGGAAGAGGAAGAUUUUAUUGAUUUUAAAGAAAAUAUAAUUAAUAAUAAUACCAACCAUAACAAUAGAGAUCUUGAUGAUGAUAAAUAUAAUAAAUAUCAUAAUAAUAAUAAUAGAAAUAAUAAUUCUUCUUUCAAGUCGAUGGAAAGUAAUCUUGAUCUUCAAAGAAGCAUAUUACAAUCUGGGGACACACAACAAGUAGUUGUAAUUAAUAAAUCUAAAAAUGUAAAUGUCGUUUUUCCAGAUAAAAAAAAAAAUGACACACAUCCAAAUGAAGAGAAGAGAACAUUUCCUAAAUAUAUCUCUUUAGUAUAUAAAGAAAAAAAUAAGCACAAUGAAAAAAUAGACAAGACCUUAACCUUUAUUAAGGAGUUUUACCCUCCAUUGCUUAGAGGAGGUAAAGACAGCAAUCCGGAAGAUAAACAAAGUGGUGUAGAAAUAAAAAAUGAUGUGGAAAUAAAAAAUGAUGUGGAAAAAAAAAAUGAUGUAGAAAUAAACAAUGAUGUAGAAAUAAACGAUGGUGUAGAAAUAAACGAUGGUGUAGAAAUAAACGAUGAUGUAGAAAAUAAAGAUAAUAUACAUGAGGGUAAUAAUAAUUUAGAAAAUGAUUCUUUUAAUGAAGAUACUAUUGAAGAACCCUUUGAAAAUAUUUUUGAUUUUAUAAAUGAAGAAACAAGUUCAAAUGAAAACUUGGAAAUAAAUCCUGAUUCAGCUGAUUCUAUAAAAAGAAAAUUAGGUCACAACUUUUUAGAAAUAAUAAGGGCAGGGAAAUUUAAAAUAAGACAUAAAGAAAAAAAAAAAAAAAAAAAAAAAAAAAAAAAAAAAAAAAA